GAGAAUGUGUCAGCAGCUUCGCGGAAGGAGUGCUUUGAAUUACAACUAGAGAUCAAGCAAUUGGAGGAACAGCUGAAGCAGAGUGAAGAAGAGAAACAGAAACUCCAAGUUGACCUGGGGAAACACUUGUUCCUUGAAGAAAAAGGAAAGCGUUGUGGAAGGCUCCUCGGAGGGGCAGCUUUGCUGCAUGAGUCAGGUUAGUUGGAGAUGUCAAAAAGUAUUAAAUAGCAGCUUAACAGUUUAAGAACAUGGAACUGUGUGAGGAAUUGCAGAAUUGGAGGGAACUAACAUGAUUGGAUAAGGCUGAGUAUGUAAAGAGGAAUUGUGUAGAUUAAUUAAGGUGUUUUUGAUUUGGUUUGUAACAUCCUCUGAAAACUGCAUAAUUAUAAUGUUGUAUGAAUAAUGUGCAAAAUUGGAGAAUUAUUCUUCAUGAUAUUAUUAUAAGAUAGCAGACUAUGACUACUUAAUUUUUCAUUCCAAUUAAUAAUAUCUAAACUCAUAGCAGUCCUCCUUAACUUUCCAUUCCGUAGAAUUUCUUUCAAGUGUUUGCCGUUAAGUGGUCUUUUCAGGGAAUUAAUAGGUGUUAUUUUCAAGACACUCGGAAAAUACAUGUUUAAAAUUUGUAGAAAGUUGUUAGCCUGUAACCACUCUGAUUUAUUUUACUUUUUAAUGCUGUCAACAUACUAUGUGUAUUUUUUACGGGCUGCAUCUUUCUCAACUGCAUUCCAAUGAGCUCAAGUUCUUCAAAUGCGUGCUUAACUGACAGAGAACCAAUAAUUUAUCACGUGAAAGAUUGUUGCAGUCAUGUGUGUAACUUAGUUGCAGAAAGAAAGCCUGAAAAAAAUCCAGCCAGUUUGCUAGAGAGCUCAGUGGUAAUUAAGAGCUUGAACUUUUUUCAGGCUUUCUUUUGGCGACCUAUUAAGAUGCAUAUUUCCAUGUAACUGUGAUUGUCUUUCUCGGGUUAAAUCUUUCUCAUGCAGUUCAAAUAUAUGAAGAUUUCAUAAUCAUUUUAACUUUGAUAUAGAAAACCAAUAACACCCUGACUUACAGUGAAAUCAAACAAUUAGCUUGGUCAAUAACCAGAGAGCUUAAUACUGUCAAUUAAUGAUACACAACUCACUUUGACUCCGAAGAUGACUGCUGCACAGGUUGUUGAAACGUCAGUCACUGUCAAGUACAGUCCUAUGUAGGAAUUCCCCGGUCAGUCAUGUUACAUCUUCUGACUGAGGGGGAGGAGUAUGACAUGACUCCUGUGCUCAAACCAUUCAUUGAAUCGCAAACAAUGAAAAAAAUCAAAUAAUUUUCAUUCCUAUGGGCAAUGAUCUAUUUGGCAGGGGUCAUUGUUUUAUAUUCUUGCCUUAUUUUUUUUUUUGUAGGUUUUUCCCUGCAUUCAAGACUUCCAGAGGUCUGGCUUCAAAGGGAUCCUGGGCUCAAAUCAUUCAUUGUAUUUAAAAAGAGGAUAAAAAAAUAUCAUUCCCAUGGGCAGUGAUCAAUUUGGCAAGGGUCAUUGUUUUAUGUUCUUUCUCUUGAUUUUUUUCAGGAUUUUCCCUUCACUCAAGACUUCUAGAGAUCUCUGAUUCAUUAUCAUUGGAAGAGGUGAAAAAGAUCAAGUUUCUGGUCAAAAGCAAAGUCAGUGGUUUCAGACUAGCACGGAUAACAGAGGCCUUUGAACUUUUUGAAGAACUGGAGACAAAUGGAGUAUUUCCCUGCCAUUAUAUUGCAAACCUGCUUGCGGGGAUUCAGCGAUAUGAUCUUGUGGAGAAACUUGGAAUACAGUUACCUUUAACAGCUGCAAAACAUGGUAAUAAUGAGAAUUCCUAAUCAUUUCUUGUUUUUAUUGUAGCAACACACUCUAAUUGUUAAAUGAAUGUUAAAGUAGUUUGCAUGUAUAGACCCUUCAAUGUUUUCUUCAAUAGGCCAUUUUAUAGGUGUGGACUUAGUAUCCUAGCCUUUAAGUGGACGUGAUGCUGAGGUUGACCUUGUUUUGAUACAAACGUCUUUCCUUUUCUUAUGGAAAUUAGGCUUAAAAAUACGUACUUAACAUAAGAAAAACAUUAGUUACAUAGUAAAGCAGGAAGGGUUGUAUAUAAAGAAGGUCAACUUCAGCCUGGUUUCCACCUGUAACUGUAAAAUGGGCUAUUCUUGACGAGGAUCAGUUGGCAAAAAUCUGUUGCUACCUUAAAAUCAGUAAAGUCAUCAAGUUAGAGAGUGAAGUAAGUUGAAAGAAACAUCUAUGAAUUGCAAAAUCAUAGGGUUUCAUAGACGUUUGAUAGGGGGUGGUGAUAGUGGCAACUUUUUGGUGACUUGGCAAAGCAAUAUCAUCUCUCAUUUCUGAAAUAUCACUCUUUGACUUGGCAACUACUUAUUUUAUUUUUUUUGUGGCAUUUGUGCGAACAGGUCCUUGUCAAAAAGUGGAAAGGUCUAUUUUAAAAUAAGAACACGGGGCUGAUCAGGAAUUUUGUUUGCAGUGUAGUUGUGCUGUUUUAGUGGAGAUGGAUGUGUCACCCUAGAUACAAAGUUGGAUAUUCAGGUAAAGAAACGAGGGAAGGGGAUGUGUUUCUGGGUCAAGAAAGAGGGUGAACUGUCACAAAUCCCCUCCCCUUUCCCUAGUCUGUUACAUGUAGCAUUCACCCUUGGAAUUAAAUAGGAGAGAAGACGGGGGAAAGGCACUUGCUGAGGAAGAUCUGAAUGAUUCCAAACCAAAUGCAUGAUGGACGGUAAUGUAUUGGAUUCACUAGAUGGAGUAGCCAGUCUAUUUAAUUCUCAAGGACUGUGCUCAUAAAGGAUGUUUGUUUUUUUUUACUAGUGUCGUUGCUUGGUUAUUUUCUUUCAGGGUCAGACAUUCUUUCUAGGCAGAGCUUGUCAGCGAGUGGAAAUAGAUUACCUGAUCAUGUUGAGAAUUCACCCAGACUGACAUCUGUUAAAGAUUACAGUUUGGAGGUACAACUGAACAGACAUGGAAGGAAGCACGUUGAAGGAAAUGGAGUGUUUACACGUGUGAGUAUCAGAGGAGACUCGAUGCAAUUGCAGGGUGUUGAAGAAAAUGAUAAAUCAUUAAUAACAGAGGAAGCAGAAACUGAACAGGAAAACAAUUCAUCACUUGGAUUCAGUGAAGAUUCAAGGGAAACCAACACAUACACCGCUGUCUCAAGUGAGAGUGAAGAAAGCAGUAAUUCAUCCAUGAAAAGUGCUCUCAGCGCCGAAGAAUUUCCCCAAUUCCCCACCCUUACUUCAGACGAUUAUUUGUCAAGUUCUAAUGAUAGUUCGUUAUUGUCAUCCAGUAUGGAACAAACUGCAGUGGUAGCUGAUUCUUGUUGCACCUUGCAGUCCACGAUUGAUACAACUGAUGGCUCACCUAUUUUGACGACACUGUCUAGUAAGGCUUGUAGAAAUAAAGAAAUCUCAGUUGACACUGACCCUAACGUAGUGUGUACUAAAGAGCAGACUGAACGAUCUUCGAUAUUCCAUUACGCUGACGUGGAGUGUGACGGCUCUCCAAUAGUAGCAGCAUGCCAGUCUUAUUCAGCUUAUUCUUACUCAGAAAACAAUGAAUGCUACGUGGCUGAUGGGGAAGAUGAGCUUUUUGAUAAAGCAGCUGAGAAGGCUGAAUGGAAAGAAAUUGAGGAAGAAAAAGAAUUUGUUGAUUCUUGUGACGGAGCAAUAAAAUCAGUACACUCUGGCACAAGUGCAGACAGUUUUGUUGGUGAGAUUGUUGGAACUCAAAGUUUUGCAAGUGGAGGAAUCCUGCCAUUAACACAGCAAGGAACCUCUUCAACAGCAGGGAGGGUACUUGGGACACAAUCAUCCGCUGAAACAGAUUGGGAGCGUCUCGGUGCUAGACCAAAGGAGGUUCAACGUUCAGAUGUUCAACCAAAGCCAACAGAACCCGUUGUUUAUAUAACUGAUGGCUUAGCUGGUGAUUUCUUAGCGAGACACACCCAAGGCAAAUCCCUUCAUGACAGUAUCUAUCAAACUGAUGGUGCUUCUCUCUUAAAUGACUUUCCAUCACAGGGGACUUCCUUUAUUGGUGGUGACAUAUCUCGAUCUAGCAGAGCCCAGGCGUACUUUGGGGAUUGCCAGGUUGCGUCCAGGGCAGAGCCAUUUAUUGGAACUGGCAAUUCACUUGUGAGUGAAUCUAAUGGACAUUUGGGUGGCCCUUCUGAUGCGGAACUUUUCACUGACAACUUGUUCUCAUUGCAUAGUAACUAUUUAUCAAGAAAUACCUCAACUGCUGCAAACAACUACUCUCCUCAAAGUGAUUUUGUACAUAGUCGUCAUAGAUUUGCAGGGGUUGACCAUUUUGACGGACAGACUUAUUUCCCGUCAGCACAGCAAAUGCCAUAUCCUCCUAUGGCAAGUGACCCUGUUCUAAAUAGUUAUCCAGGAAUGACUGGUUCAAGUUUUGCUGACCCUUCACGGACAGGUGCAGCACUAACUCUACCUGGGGAUCCUGUAUAUAAUGCGCCAAGAUUUAAUAACUUUUCAAGUGAGCAGCUUACGGGCCCUGCUCAUGAUACAAAUAGGUUUGCUGGCGAUGACAACGCUUCAGCUUUUAUUUCUAAUCAGGGCACAGAUGAGCCGGCUCAGAAAGCAAAUUUAGCAUUUGGAAAUUCAAGGACAACAACUGGAAACAUUGAUGAUGAUGCAAAUUCAGCUGCACGGUAUCAGCUUGGAACUUCCACAACGUCUGAUGGUGUUUUGGCAACGAGAUCUACACAUGAUACAUCUGUCUUAGAACCACGUCAUGGCGACACUGACAACAAUAGAGUUUCUGUGUUAAACAACACAGACUUUGGUACUGAUUCAAUAGAGGCCUCGGACAACUCAUUGCUUGCUCUGGAACGGCGUGUUGCAGAAGCUUGUGCCCUUGUUGAACGCGUUCUUCGGGAGAGAGAGGAACGUGAACAGUUUGGAAGGGAAAUAGAAAGGAAAGAACAGUUAAUAAGAGAACAAAGAGCUCGAGAAAGGCGGGAGAGAGAAGAAAGAGAAUUACGGGAAGCUGAAAACUGGCCACAACAA